GCAGGAUGCCCUCAGAGUCUAGACAAGGCAAAUAUUGACUGCAAUUAGUGCAACAAUGCGCGGUUUGGCGGCGUGGUUCGAUGUGCGAUUCGCACUCUUUUGGCUGUAAAUGCCCCGCGUAUUAGAGUGGACGUCACUGUUGUGGUCCGAGCUCACUUGCCGCUGACUGCUCUUCCAAGGCACCCGAACGGCAACAACGGUAAGGUACCUACCGAGAUAGUCCGCCCUUUAUACAUUCAAACACACGCUGGACAGACACUCCAGGCACGCGCCUUACAGUAGUCGAUAGGCACAGGCAUUGGAGCAUCACUCUCCAUAGCCCUUAACUCGCCAUGGAGACCAUCCGGGGUCUCCUUUGGAAGCCCACGCCAGAAGAGCAGAAACGUAAAUGCAAUGCUCUGGUCCGGCAGAAUGUCCGCAAACUCGAUCGCGAUAUCCUUCAACUCAAAACCACCGAAGCCAAAACCAGAACCCUGAUCCUCCAGUCCUCAAAGCGCGCCCAACGGAACCCUUCCAUGGCCAAACAGGCCAAUCAAGACGUCCGCAUAUUCGCUCGGGAGCUGAUUCGCGUCCGGAAACAGAACGCUCGGCUGGCGACGUCAAAGGCCCAGUUGCAGAGUGUGCAGAUGCAGGUCAAUGAGGCAUUUUCCGUGCGCAAGAUCGAAGGAAGCAUCAAGAGCAGCGUGGGGAUCAUGAAGGAUGUCAACACAUUGGUGCGGUUGCCGGAGCUCACGGGCACCAUGCGAGAGUUAAGCGCCGAGCUCAUGAAGGCGGGGAUCAUUGAGGAGAUGGUUGGUGAUACGCUGCCGGACAACGAAUUAUUGGAAGGCGAGGACGAGGAGGCUGAGGAAGAGGUGGACAAGAUUUUGGGAGAGAUCCUCAAGGACAGGCUUCCGGCUGGAAAGGCGAAGGAAGAAGAGCUGCCCAGUGCACCAGUCGAAGAAGACGAAGAGGAGGAAGAUCAGGCAGAAAUGCUUGCCCAGAUGAGAAAUCGAUUAGAGGUAUUGAAGAGCUGAGGCGCUUACACAGAGCGUUCAUUGUCUGUUGCAUCACAUUUUAUCUUGAUCCAAUAGAGCACCUGCUAUGGGAAGCUGGUGCCCGGCGUCUGGUGCCCUGCGUUGUGAAUCAAUUCAACCAAUGAGUAUUGCAAUGUGGAUAUAGAGAAGCAUGUGUUCUGGCUGUUAGCAGCCGAUUUGAAUUAUCCUAUUAUUAAGUAUGAUGAUCUCACAACCAUUGCAUCGAUAGUGGAGAUAUCUUCUAUGACUUAAGUCUUUGUGGGAAGCCAUCACGACCAAUAUGUCAUCUCAACCUACAGCAAUUCCAUCACAUGUUAAGGGUUCGACCUCAAUCGUCAUCAACCCCAAACUCCA